CUCUAAUUCAUUGAUAAAUGCUGUGCUCUCAUGCGAUCGGUCAAAGCUUUAAUCGAAUAUUUUUUUGAUAGAAAGUACUGAAACAAGGGGUUUUUUUUUAAAGUGCUCGUACAAAGUUCGGAAUUGGUCGGACGAAAUCGGAGCUCUUUUUCUUUGCAGAAUGCAAACAUAACCUGAUCGGUUUUGUACCCGCUGCUUAUGUCGACGGCCAAAGUAGUUUUCUUUCGCAUGGCCUUUUAGAGGUUGCUAUUUGUCGAUUAGGAAAGGUUCAACAGUCUUUUUUGGAAACCUAAGUCACUACUUGAUAUUGCCUAUGAAUAUGUAACAGCUCCUUUGCGGCGGAAACUGUGACCGUAUCAUCAAUUGAGCAAAGAUUGACGUCAGUCUUUCGUGACUUCGAGACACUGAAAACAAUAUUUAAACUUAAAUUACACCAGGGGACAUACAUUUCCUACUCAAUGCCAACGAAGCGCUAACUUGUGACACAAAACUUUUCUCUCUUCGAGGCUAGAGAGCACGCUAUAUAUGGAGACGAACACGCUCAAAAACAGGGCUUCAAACUUGCCAGAGAGGAAAGCUGAUAAAGAGAAGCACGAAGCCGAAAACACUAAAGUUUUGUCAACUGAUCGAACAGUAUGGAUCGUUUUCUUUUCCCUUCUCGUCGACCUCCUCGCUUUUACAGUGAUUCUACCACUGUUCCCAUCCUUACUGGAGUUCUACGCAAAUAACAAGCAGGAUAGUUUAUAUCAUUCAAUCAUGCAAAGAGUCAAUACAUUCAGGGAACUGUUAGGGAUGCCAGACAUUGAACGCUUCAAUGUUGUACUCUUUGGAGGUGGGAGUAUUGGCUUCAUAUGCUGUUUGGGCAUGUUCAUGGAACUUUACCAUCUUUGUGAUGGCUAGGAUCAUUGGUGGUUUGUGUAAAGGGAAUGUGACAAUUUCAACAGCAAUUAUUACUGAUGUAACCACUGUGAAAAACAGAGGCAAAGGAAUGGCUCUUGUGGGUAUUGCGUAUUCCUUUGGAUUCAUCAUUGGACCUGUUGUGGGUGCUGUCUUUGCCAAGAGGUCGUCUCUUGAAAGUGGAAACCCCUAUCUGUUCCCAGCUUUGUUUGCCAUCAUUUUGACAGUAGCAGACUUGAUGUUUGUCUUUGUGUGCCUAAGGGAAUCUCUUUCUAAAGAGAAAAGGGCUAAGUGUUUGCUGUCUGAAUUUAAAAAUGCCAAUCACCUUAUCAACCCAGUGUCACUGCUAAAAUUUGAUGCUGUAGAGAUACAAUCCAGUAAAGAAGAUUUAAAAACAGUUCGUGGCAUUGGCUUGGUGUACUUUCUGUUCCUCUUUUUCUUCUCUGGACUUGAGUUCACAUUAACAUUUUUGACACACAAGAAUUUCAAAUAUUCAAGUAUGCAACAGGGAAUGAUGUUUUUCUUCAUAGGAAUUACUAUGGCACUGGUACAAGGUGGUUAUGUCCGCAGACAAGCUGCAGGCACAGAAAAGAAAACAGCUCUUAAGGGUAUGGCAGCCAUCAUGCCAGCCAUGGUCAUUGUUGGUUUGGCAAAGACCAUUACCACACUUUACAUGGGGCUGACAUUGUUUGCAUUUGGUUCAGCAACAGUAGUACCAUGUUUGACAACCAUGAUCUCCCAUCAUGGAAAUGCUGACCAAAAAGGAAAAAUCAUGGGAAUAUUCAGGUCUAUUGGGGCCUUUGCUCGAGCCAUAGGCCCGUUUGUGAGCUGUACAGUUUACUGGAGUGUGGGACCAUUUUGGUGUUACUUCGUUGGUGCCUUGCUGUUUAUGAUUCCCAUGCGGAUUUUGGUGAAGUUGCCUGCUUAAAUGUGUUUCCAGCGAAGAAAAUAGAUCUGAGAGAUCAUUUGAGUAAUUUUUUUAAAUCAGGGAACCCAUUCUACGGAAAGGGUCAAAAGAUAUUUUGUAGAUUUUAUUUAAACACAGAUUAUACAGUUAAACUCCGACGUAACAAGGAUCUCGUUCUUACAAACUAUAUGAUGCUCAACAAUGAAAUAGAAUGAAAAGUAACGUGUUUAGGAUUAGUGCUUGGAGUUCCACUCCUUCUCAGUUUAGUAACAAAUGAAUAAGUUGGAGUUCAGUAUUUGAGUCUCAUUUACAUCAAAUAUAUAUUUACAUGUGGUUCUCGAGAGGCAAAAUUGGACAUGCGUAAGUUAUACUGUCUUUUGUCCAAUCUUUCAUGAAUUACAGACUUCUUUAACUAGGAGAUGCACCUUAAUUUCUGUUCACAACUGACAAGUUUUUACACAGUCUAUAUACUAAAAUGAAAUAUAGGCUAUGAAGAUAAGAAUAACACUGAGGAGAGCAUGCGUGGCUGGUGGAGUGUGGCGCGGAAGAGACGCCCAGAACAGCUACCUUCGCCUGUAGAGAAAUAUGGACAGUAAAUUGUCUAGGAAAUGGAAUAUAGGCUAUGACGAUAAAAAUAACACUAAGGAGAGCAUGCGUGGCUGGUGGAAUGUGGCGCGGAAGAGACGCCCAGAACAGCUACCUUCGCCUGUAGAGAAAUAUGGACAGUAAAAUGUCUAAGAUAGUCAGAGUUGGGUGAUCAAAAAAUUUCGUUUUCCCAGAAGAGAAUGUUUUAAUACAAAUGUAAUGACAACAACAUGCCUAUAACGAUAUUUAACUUGUACCUAAGCUAAAUUGGUGCAGUAUUUUUAUUGAAUACGAUUUUUUUAUUAAAAAAAGUUGAAAACUUGCA